UAAUGCGCUGAUCUCUCUGGCAAGACUUCGCGGUAGCGUUCAGAUCAUCAGGUUUCAAGAGUGUUCCAAGCGCAAACUUGAGAGGGAAGCAUGGCCAUGCAAGUCCCCAUAUCCUUCACCGUGAUGGAGAUUGUGCCGACCGCGGAAAAUAAUUCUUUCCGGAGGAAGCCGCUCCGAGCUGUGCCUGGAGAGAAAAUUUCCCAUCUGAGAGCGAUGAGCGCGGAGAGUUUCAACAAGCAGUCGAGUGACAUCCAGCUGGUCCUGUUCGGAAAAAUCCUCGAGGACGCAUGGACUUUCGAAGCUGCUGGAAUCAGGGAAGGAUCUACCGUGCUGGUUUACCCUAAGGUGUCAUCGCCACGGAGAGCACCACAGAACAAAUACGAGAUCCAGAAGAAAAUUUAUAAGGGUAUCACCAAACUGUAUAAAAUGAAAUACCUCAAUAUCCUAGCCAGGAGCGAGUUUUUGGAGAAGAUAUACUUCGAAAUGCCGGAGGUAGAUACUUCAACCAUCGCGCUGCUGCAGACCUCGCAGCUUUUCGUCAAAUGGCUGCGGCCGAAGUACUGCAAGGAGCUCGAUGUACUCGCUGAGAAGCAUCCUCUGCUCGGGGACGUCUUGAUGAAAGCCAUCGAUUGGGCUCCAGAUUUGCUCAAAGUCAUCCCGCCGGAGUCUCCGAACGUGUUCUCGAUGGAGGCGCCCAGCGACGAGUCAGAUGAUGAGUCGUUGGACGGAGCUUCCCGUGCGCCCGGGGAUCGGCAUCCACAUGGCGCAGAUCUCACGCAAUCGACAGAGACCGCGACGGACAGCGUCUCGAACGUCUCAAACUCCCGGAGCAAUUUGCAACCCGGGCCUUCUGUAGAGUCCCAGCCAGGUCCUUCACGUGUUCGGAGAGAGAGGGGAGUUACGGGUCCGAUGCUGCAGGCUGCGCUUCAAGCGGCCUAUAGCUCCCAAACGGAGGUGGCUUCACAGACUUUCGCUUGGCAGCUCAUCGCCAUGCGAGAAAUGGGUUUCUCGGACGAGAAAGCCUGCAUCGGCGCACUAGUCAAGAGCGGAGGAGACCUUGAUAUGGCUGUCAGUUUGCUGUUUCAAGAUUGAUCUCGUAUUUCUAGGAUGCUCGA